GUUGUGGUUGUUUGAGUGUUUACGUUCUGAACUUCCGGUAGAUCUAUACAAAAUGUCUGCCCCCCUCAAACCCUGGGAAAGACCUGGAGUAAAUUAUCAAAAUACAACACAUUAUCCUGUGAAUACUAUGUCAGCUGUGCCUGGAUCCCAAGAUCGGCUAACAGCGACAAUGGGAAUUCCACCUUCUGCCAAUCCCUCAAUGACCUCACCACCGCCAGUGCCUCCUAGACCAAGUCAACAACCAACUUUCAACAGUAGAUUAGGAGGUCCUAGUAUAGGCUAUGGGGGAGGAUACAGCAGCUAUGGUGGUUAUGGCAAUUACUCCAGCCCUUUUGGAUAUGGGGGUUAUGGCAACUUGUAUUCUAGCCCUUAUUCAAACUUUUCAUCCAAUCGAAUGGGAGAUGUAAGAAGUGGAUUUGCUCAGCAUGCAGAAGAGAGUUCACGGCCGGCAUUUGAAUCUAUCGAAAGUAUAGUUUAUGCCGUGAAUUCUGUUGGGAUGAUGUUGGACUCAACAUUUCAAGCUGUGUACAAUUCUUUUAGGGCUGUCAUUGGGGUCGCUGAUAAUUUCACCCGACUGAAAUCUCAACUGAUACAAGUUUUCUCUGCUCUUGCUUUUAUCAGAACACUGAGAUAUUUCUUCAGAAAACUGUUAGAAAUUCUUCGGUUGCGUCCUAAAGGGGAGGCUGAUAAGCUAUGGAAGUUAGCUUCUGCUGAAGCUGCUAAAUUAUCUCAGGCUGGUGGAUCUGGAAAAAGCUCAUGGCCCAUUCUUCUGUUUUUUGGAAUCAUUAUGGGAGGACCUUAUUUGAUUUGGAAACUGAUCUCUGCUUUUUCAAGUGAAAGUGCUCAAGCUAGCUGGUCCAGUGGAGAAGAUGACCAUUUUGUUGCUAGGGCAAACUAUAGUUUUCAAGGACAAAACUCUGAAGAACUCUCAUUUAGUGCUGGACAAAACAUUAUUGUUGCUCCUAAAGAAUUACAACCUCAAGUUCGUGGUUGGCUCCUAGCAUGCGUUGAUGGACAGAAAACUGGAAUGAUUCCAGCUAACUAUGUCAGCAUUCUUGGAAAGAAAAGCGGCACAAAACAUUCUACUGAAACACCAAAUCAGCCAUCAUCCGUUUCAACAGAUAGAAGUACACUUAGCCCAGAGUCACAGUUGCAGCAAGUCUUUGAUUCAACGCAAUCACAAGUUUCAAAUUUAGAUGAAUCACAGCUUGACUCUGCAUUUUGCGAAGACACUAAAACAGGUCUACUAAAAGACAAUAGUAGCAAGUCAGCUGCUGAUAUACUUAAUGACGUUGACAAGUGAGCAUUUGAGUUUCAGUGUUAUGGCAAACUGUGAUACUAUUUGAACUUUUUGAAUUGUGUACGAUUUUCUGGUGAAAUAAAAAACAGCAGGAAAUUUAUUUGCUUGAUGACAUUCACCUUCAGCAACUUAUUAAUAUGUUUUGUUUGGGAACUAUUUGCAUUCCUGGAUCGGUGCUUUGGGCUGAAUCUAUGCAAGUGUAUUUAGUGAAUGCUCUGCUGUUUUAAGUUAAACAAAUGUAAACUCAUGUUAACAUGUCAGAUCAUCUCUAAAUUGCACAGGUCUUCCUGAAAGCAUAAUUGUACUUGUGUUCAUCAAAGCUAAAAAUGAAAAUUGUGUGAAAUUCAGAUUGGAUUCUAUAGCCAGCAAUCUCGCAUCCAUCAGUGAAAAUGAUAAAUAUUCCCAGAAAUGUGCCACCUUGUAUUCUGACCUUUUUUGUUUCCUCUAUUAUACAGAAAUAAAAAGAAAUCUUUGAAUUGACUAAGUAAAAGACAAGAAGAUUGUUUAUUGAUGUAAUGAAAGAUGUCUUGUAUGAACUCAUGAUUUAUUGUCAAAUAAAACAUCUUUAAGAAAAGUAUAA